GCGGCGCGGGCGGGAGCGGCCCCGCCCGGAACCUGGGAGCGGCGACGCCGGCGCGGGGGAGGGGAGGCCGGAUGUGAGUGGAGCGGCCAUUUCCUGUUUCUCUGCAGUUUUCCUCAGCUUUGGGUGGUGGCCGCUGCCGGGCUUGAGCUUCCAGUCCGCGGAGGGUGAGGCGGCGUGGACAGGGGCCCCGGCACCGAGCGCCCCCUCGCCCUUAAGCCGCGCGCUCGUCCGCCGCGCCCCGAGCCCGCCGCUUCCUAUCUCAGCGCCCUGCCGCCGCCGCCGCGGCCCAGCGAGCGGCCCAGAUGCAGGCCAUCAAGUGUGUGGUGGUGGGAGACGGAGCUGUAGGUAAAACUUGCCUACUGAUCAGUUACACAACCAAUGCAUUUCCUGGAGAAUAUAUCCCUACUGUCUUUGACAAUUACUCUGCCAAUGUUAUGGUAGAUGGAAAACCGGUGAAUCUGGGCUUAUGGGAUACAGCUGGACAAGAAGAUUAUGACAGAUUACGCCCCCUAUCCUAUCCGCAAACAGAUGUGUUCUUAAUUUGCUUUUCCCUUGUGAGUCCUGCAUCAUUUGAAAAUGUCCGUGCAAAGUGGUAUCCUGAGGUGCGGCACCACUGUCCCAACACUCCCAUCAUCCUAGUGGGAACUAAACUUGAUCUUAGGGAUGAUAAAGACACGAUUGAGAAACUGAAGGAGAAGAAGCUGACUCCCAUCACCUAUCCGCAGGGUCUAGCCAUGGCUAAGGAGAUUGGUGCUGUGAAAUACCUGGAGUGCUCGGCGCUCACACAGCGAGGCCUCAAGACAGUGUUUGACGAAGCGAUCCGAGCAGUCCUCUGCCCACCUCCCGUGAAGAAGAGGAAGAGAAAAUGCCUGCUGUUGUAAACGUCUGAGCCCCUCGUUCUUGGUCCUGUCCCUUGGAACCUUUGUACGCUUUGCUCAAAAAAAAAAAAGAAAAAAACGGUGGAGCCUUCGCACUCAAUGCCAACUUUUUGUUACAGAUUAAUUUUUCCAUAAAACCAUUUUGAACCAAUCAGUAAUUUUAAGGUUUUUGUUUGUUCUAAAUGUAAGAGUUCAGACUCACAUUCUAUUAAAAUUUAGCCCUAAAAUGACAAACCUUCUUAAAGCCUUAUUUUUCAAAAGCCCCCCCAUUCUUGCUCAGAUUAAGAGUUGCCAAAAUACCUUCUGAACUACACUGCAUUGUUGUGCUAAGAACACCGAGCACUAAACUGUGUAAGGACCUUCGUCCUUGAGAAGACUGUAGCUUCUGCAGUUAGGAGAUGCAGACACUUGCUCAGUAGUUCUCUUAUGUGUAAAGCAGAACAGCCUCCCGAAUGGCGCGUUGCCAUUGAACUCACCAGUGAUUUAGCGGCCCAUGUUCACGACAUAACAUUGUACUGUAAUGGAGUGAGUGUAACAGCUCAGCUCUUUGGAUCAGUCUUUUUGAUUUCAUAGUGAGUUUUCUGACCAGCUUUUGCGGAGAUUUUGAACAGAACUCGUGUUUCCUCUAAUGAAGAAUUCUGUUUAGCCGUGGGUGUGCCGGGUGGGGUGUGUGUGAUCAAAGGACAAAGACAGUAUUUUGACAAAAUACGAAGUGGAGAUUUACACUAUAUUGUACAAGGAACAAAAGUGUCACGGGUAAAAUCUCUAAAAGGUUAAUUUCUGUCAAAUGCAGAUGAUGAAAGAAAGGUUGGUAUUAUCAGGAAAUGUUUUCUUAAGCUUUUCCUUUCUCUUACACCUGCCAUCCCUCCCCAAAUUGGGCAUUUAAUUCAUCUUUAAACUGGUCGUUCCCUUAGUUGCUAACUUAGUAAGUGCUUUUCUUAUAGGACCCCUUCUUACUGAGCAAUAUGCCUCCUUGUAUUAUAAAAUCUUUCUGAUAAUGCAUUAGAAGGUUUUUUUGUAGAUGAGUAAAAGUGCUUUCCAUGUUACUUUAUUCAGAGCUAAUAAGUGCUUUCCUUAGUUUUCUAGUAACUAGGUGUAAAAAUGUGUUGCAGCUUUAUAGUUUUUAAAAUAUUUUAGAUAAUUCUUAAACUAUGAACCUUCUUAACAUCACUGUCUUGCCAGAUUACCGACACUGUCACUUGACCAAUACUGACCCUCUUUACCUCGCCCAUGCGGACACACACCUCCUGUAGUCGCUUUGCCUAAUGAUGUUCCUUUGGGUCUGUGAGGUUCUGUAAACUGUGCUAGUGCUGACAAUGUUCUGUACAAGUUAACUCACCGGCAAGAAUACAACGCAGAACCUUUCAGCCACGACAACAGGAUUUUUUAAAUUGACAGUUGCAGAAUUGUGGAGUGUUUUUACAUUGAUCUUUUGCUAAUGCAGUUAGCAUUAUGUUUUGCAUGUAUGACUUAAUAAAACCUUGAAUCAUA